ACUAAGUGGUCACCCCACCGCCUGCAGCUCACCGUUCAUCUGAGCUGUCUGGACUGGGAGCUGUGCAUGUGGGGUUGACUCAGGAGUCACUAUCAUCCCGGAAACUCGGAUAUACAGAAGUUGUAUAUGAUAAUAUGAGUUGGUAGUGGUGGGGCGACCCCACACUACACCGUACAGACAUCUCCGCACGCUUCAAACAUACUCAACACAACAUACCUGCCAACACCUUUCUCUUUCUUUCCAAAUAAUAUCUCAAGCCAAAAUGUUCCGCAACGCGCUCACAAAAACCCCCCACGACAUCGUCAUCCUCUCCUCCGUCCGCACCCCCAUCACCCGCGCCUUCAAAGGCGGCUUCAAAGACAGCUACCCAGAAGAACUGCUCAUCCCAGCCCUACAAUCCGCCAUCCAACGCUCCGGCAUCCCCUUCUCCGCAGUCAACGACGUGCUCAUCGGCAAUGUUCUCGCGGAGCUGGGCUUCGCAAAGACAGGCCGCACCGCGCUCAAUGCAGCGGGCUUCCCCAAUUCUACGACUUUCCAUACCGUGAAUCGUCAGUGCAGUAGUAGUCUGCAGGCGAUUACGCAUGUGGCGCAUGCGAUUGCCGUUGGACAGAUUGGGGUUGGUCUUGCCGGGGGUGCGGAGAGUAUGAGUAGGAAUUAUAACCCGAGUCGCGGGAUUCCGAGGGAUGUGUCGCCGCUUGUGCUUGAGUCUGGGGUGAAGGAUGCGUUGGAUUGUCUGGUGCCGAUGUUGAGGACGAGUGAGAAUGUUGCGGAGCGGUAUGGGGUUGGGAGGGGGGAGCAGGAUGAGUUUGCGGUGGAGAGUCAGAGGAAGGCUGCUGCGGCGCAGGCACAGGGGAGAUUCAGCGAGGAGAUUGUGCCUGUUAGUGCGAGGAGGAUGGAUGCUGAGACGGGCAAGGAGACGUUUGAGAUUGUGGAUAGGGAUGAUGGAGUUAGGGCUGGGGUUACGCUACAGAAACUGGCGAAGCUGCAGCCUGUUCUGGAGGGGGGAUCCUCUACGGCUGGGAAUUCAUCGCAAAUAUCCGACGGGGCAUCUGCGACUAUCCUGGCCAGUCGGGCGUGGGCUGAGGCGCAUGGGAUCAAGCCGGUUGCUCGAUUUGCAGGGACUCAAGUUGCAGGCUGUGCCCCAGACGAGAUGGGCGUUGGGCCGAUUGAUGCCAUCCGCAACCUCUACAAGCACAGCGGAGUCUCGCAGAGCGAUGUGGAUAUCUUCGAGCUGAACGAGGCAUUUGCCAGCCAGUCCAUCUACUGCAUCAGGGAGCUUGGAAUCGACAUGGCCAAGGUCAACCCGAACGGCGGUGCAAUUGCACUAGGGCAUCCUAUCGGGGCUACAGGAGGACGCCAGACGGCAACACUGCUGGCAGAGCUGAAGAGACAGGACAAGGAGGUUGGCAUUGUGAGCAUGUGCGCGAGUACGGGGAUGGGCGUGGCCUCGCUGUUUAUUCGGGAGUAACUGUAGUAUAACUCGUAUAAUAAGCACAUAUCUCAUAGAUUUAGUAUAGUAACUGCAUAUUUAGUCGAAUUAGCCCCACAGAUGAACCCUCGUGGGGCCCCGGAUUGCAUAUUUGAACUCAGUAUUCAGUAUUCAGU